AUCCAAAUCGAAACCAUGUUGUAGCCAGCUGGUUGUCGGAGAGGAUGAGAUUCCUUGUCUCCUUUUCAGCCUGAUAUAUAUGUGGAGCCAGAUGAAGAGGAAAGGAAACGUAACCCACCACAAGUAACUUGACAUUGCCAAUUUCACAUCCAGUUCUAAGUUACCUUAUCCCCAAGAAGAAAAAUGGCUUCAUCUCCUUUGAGAUCAAAAUCCAACUACCACAUUCGUUCUGUCAGCUUGCCUUCUAGACUUCACCCGGUCAUUACACCAGUCGAUGAGCAUUUGAGGCUAAGUGGCCUUGAAAAAAUGUAUGAUCGUUUGGGCGAUUUGCUUCAAUUGCCACUAACUCAGCAAGCCUUUGCUCAACAACGCCAUGAGAAAUGGGUUGAAGUGGUUCUUGAAAAGUAUCUAAGGUUAUUGGAUGUGUGUGCUACAGUUAAAGAUGUAUCCGCACAAACUCAACAAGAUUUGCAAGGCCUUCAUUCAAUCCUACGCAGAAGAAGGGAGGCGGAUGACUUUUCAGAGUACUUGAAUUCGAGAAAGCAGGUAAAGAAGGUGAUCCAAAAGUCCCUAAAGGAUUUGAAGAGUAUAAAAACCAAGCAUACUGUCGUAGCUCUUGGAAAAAGCCGGGAAUUUUUGGAUUUGCUAAAUGUGGUUGAAGCAACCACUAUUUGGGUGGUCGAGUCUUUGUUGUCCUUUAUUUCAGGGACUAAGGAAGAGUCAAGAUUGAGUGCAUUUUCUUUGGCUACCAAACUGUUGCAACGAAAGAGCAUUGCAUCCAAAGAUGAAGAAACAAAGAGUAACAUGUUUGAGAAAUUUGAUGCUGCAUUGCACUCAUUCAACAAUCAUAAGGCGAGUAAAUCUGAUAAUGCAGUACAUGUCGAGAAUGUGCAAAACCAGUUGGGGAAGAUGGAGUCGAGCAUUGAAGAUAUCGAAGAAGGACUCGAGUGUUUGUUCAGACGGUUAAUCAAAACAAGAGUUAUCCUCCUCAACAUUCUCAACCACUAGCGAGCAAAAAAAAGACUGUAGUUUAAUACUUUUGGCAGCCAAAAUGUUGCUAAAGAUUUUGAUUAGCUGUUCAUACUUGUACAUGAGCCUUGAGGCAUACACUGUUUAUAGUCUGUCCUU